AUGGGCUUACGGAGUACAAUCCUUCACAUCCGCCUCGCCAAUCAUACCCUGUCAUCCGAACGCGAGACGGUCUUCAUCGUCGGGACAGUCGAGGACAAGGGACGGUGCAGCAGCCACCCACCCCGUAAUGUGAAGAGUCCCAAGAAAUCCCCGUCCCCGGCGAGCACCUCGGCGAGCAACAGUGAGGAUAGGGCAACGGAGUUGGUCCCUACGAAACCUCUAUUUCCUGCCUGGCUCGACCAGCUCCAUGUUGCGAGGUCCAAAACCACUCGUCGACUCCAAAUUGCUGCUAUCCACGUCCCACUGAGAACUGUGGCCCGAAGUAACUUUGGGGAUAGCGGUGAAACAACAUCAAUAUUUGUAGCACCGACGAGUGCUAUCGACAUCCGACCUACAUUUGAGGACACAGAUUUUGAGUUGCACUCUCAAUGCCUUGUAAGCAUCUCGCCAGCGAAGGAAGAGCCGGGCUCAGCAGCAGGGGACAACGUGUUGCUUUUCCUGUUCGAACACAAUUCGCCUCUCACGCCCACCAGCUUUCAGGAUCCUGCAACACAAGCGAACGGAGUCAGACAGCUUGGUCCAGCAUACUUCCAAAGGUUCCCUUCGCAUCACUUUUUUGCCCGAGUCUUCCGACCAAGCGCUGUCACAACAGCCCUGUUGAACAGGACAGGCACGUUCUGUGCCGAACGAGAGUGGAUUUCACUUCCCUUUGAGCAGCACCACAAAAGUUCGUUUGACCGCCUCCUCGAUAUCAUGGCUCAAAUCACAUCCCUGUUGCAGCAGCUCGACCAUAUAACAACACUCGAUCCAACACUGGCUCGCAGGCAUAUGGCCCAAGACCUGCUUGGAAACUUUCUCAGCAUGCAAGCCCAGCUGGAGCAAUGGUACGCCGCAGCAUUCGACCCUCGUCGGCCUCGUUUUUGGAUUUCCCAGGGUCAAGAAGCCCAGAUUCCGUUUCCCGAGCCCUUCUCCUUCCAGGACUCACUGACCUCGCUCUUAUUCACAUACUACUGGGCCCUCCAGGUCCUCUUUGUACCAUGCCUGGGGACACUCGUCCACAGCAUCUUCUCGCCCGUGGUCGACGCUUACCCUCAAACCUUCCCCGACCUGCCGCCGCAUCUCACCAUCGAUCCGGACAGCUAUAGCCCUUUCAAGGUGAGGGAAAUGGCUGUUAAUGUCUGCAGAGCCCUAGAUAAUCUCCUGGCGGGCACGACGCAGCCGGACACGCUGGCCUUUCCCGUAAAAGUUGUCGAGACGUUCUACGCGGGGCUGGUCAACCAGACCGGCGAUGGUGCCCUUGAAAUGAUGUGGCUGGGGGCAUUUAGAGAACGAAUGGCUUCGAGGGGGCAGGAAAUCGCUGGUGUCAUGAUGACAAGAGAUUGGAUGGACUUGGCUGAAUGGUAG